AUGCAGCUUGGCCUCGCGCACGAGGCCAACCAUAACCUGAGACAAUGGGAUCAGCAUUCAGCGCAAGCGCAUGCUGUUCCCGCCAGCUCAUCCUCCUUUGAAGGGCAUGUCGGGAAUCUUUCUCGGUCUGCCUGGGGGAACGAAGCUGGAGGAGGAGGAGCCCUCGAACCAUUAUUCUUUCCGGAACAAUUUGCCAAUCUCGAAGAUCCCUCGUGGUGGUCGCCGCCGGACAUCAACCAUGAUGCCCUGUUUGACACCAGCCCCGAGCUGGCCGACCUCGACUGGACCCUGGACGAGGAGCUGCAGCAGGCCAUAACCACAGCCGCCGCCACGGCCGCCCUCACGUCCAAUGUCGUGCCCGACCUGCCCGUGCUCGCGCCCGCGCCCAUGAUCCCCCCGGCCGACUGGUCUGGCUUUGGCGUGUUCGACAGCAACCCGCCGACGGUGAGCAGCACCGGGAGCAGUGGCGGCUUCAGCGCGCACCCGACGCCCGCGACGUCGACGAAUGCUGCUGCCGCCGGCGCCGCCCACCCAGGCACCGGCGGGCGACGAAAGCACGUCGACCCGGAGGUGGCGCUCAAGAGGCAGCGCAACAAGGUCGCCGCGCAAAAGUACAGGCAAAAGAAGCUCGACCGCAUCUCGGAGCUCGAGGUCGAGGUCACCGAUAUCAAGCGCGAGCGAGACGAGCUGCGUAUCCAGCUGGCCAAGCAAGAAGCCGAGACGGCCGCUUUGAGAGAGAUGUUGAAAUUGGCAAACCCUGGAAUCGUAAAACCACCAGGACCUUGA